UUGCAAUUCUGUCAUCUAUCAUAACAAUCACAACAAAACACACGCUAGUUUCCUCCCGGUAUUGAGAGUUUCGUUUUGUGGCUGGGAAAAUCUGUGAUAAAUGGCCCAUUCUUUUGCAAACGAACCUACGGAUCCUACUAUCCCGCUUGGAGCAAACAAAGGCGGACCCCAUGGACUUGGAGAUCCCGACGACCGCCGACUGCGGAAAGUGGAGCUUGAGGUGCUGAUUCCAAAGAUAAUGCGAGAACGCGCUAAAACAGAAAAAUGCUUGACGGAGGUGAAAGCUUUCGAGGAUUGCUGCAAGGAUUCGGGUUUGUUUAUGGUUGCAAAAUGCCAGGUACAGAAUGAUGCCCUCAAGGCCUGCAGUCUGGAAUGGUAUCGGAAUGAACAGUUCAAGAAAGAGUGCACCGAAAUCUAUCUAGCAGAACGGAGCGAAUUUCGAAGAACAGGAUUGCCUAAAAAGUUCCGAAAGGGUAAUAUAGCCGACCAGUAACGAUGGAUAUAAUUUAUUUGAAAAAAAUAUACUUUACCCCUGGUUUAGUAGUACCGCCCGUGAUGAAGAAUGUUAUUAAAAGUUAGGAAUAAAAACCAGUGAUAUGCUAUGUUGACGUGAACAAGCGCCUCAAACGCUUAAGAUCUCUUCUGUUUGUUAAGGCGUUUCUUAGUGCGGGCAUCUUUCUUACAACAUAUUUUCCAACUGCAGUAUGAGAGCAAUAAUAUAACGGUAGCGAACAAGAACAGAAACAUGGCCAAUACAUCGAAAGAGUGGUAGAUGUACAAAGGCAAUUUUGAAGCAUAGGAACGUUCGUAACGCAUGGCACCGUUUUCGAUCACAUUGAUGAUCGACCAGAGCGCCAAAUCCAACGGUGGUUGAGGGCGAUUGUUAUAAGCCUUUGCUAACGCUUGGGCAUUUUCCUUUUUUCUGUAAUGAAUGCAGAAUCAAGUGACGUAAAAUAUGCAGCUGAUGUUGCUUAACAAUCCUGCGUUCUUACCUUGCGCUAAGACCUUCACGAAUACAGUCCACCACAUAA